AUGUUUGGGAGAUCGCUUUUGGUAAGGAGUGCUAUUUUAUUAGGACUUCUUAAUAAUGUGCUAUGUGAUGAUAUUCUAGAUCCUUAUAAUAAAGCGAUAGAAAUAUUCGAACAGAAUAGACCACCUCCAGGUUCUGAUUUUGAAACUUUUGCUGAUUAUGAUGGUUUUUACGAUGAUAUAGAGUUAUUCAUACCCAUUGAUUAUUCUCUUGAAACUCAAGAGAAAUUGUAUUUACAAUUUUGGUCAGAAUCUAUAUUAGAUUGGCAAAAAUCUGGAUAUUCCCUUUUGGUUGAAUCUUCUGAGAAGUUUGAUAAUAUUAACGCAACCUAUCUUUUAGCCCAAUUGAAUUUGUGGGGCCAUUAUGGGUUUCCUCAGAAUAAAACAUUAGCAUUUAAAUAUUUAGACGCAUUCAAUGAAAUGACGAAUUUUACAAAUAGCACAGCUCUAUUUGAUUUGGCUGUUAUGCAUUCAACAGGUUUCUUUGGAACCAUACCUACUGAUAUUGGUAAAAGUGUUCUAUAUUAUCAAAAAGCUGCUUCAUUAGGGGAUUUAAGGGCAAAGCAAGCUUUGGCUUACAGAUAUUCAAGUGGUCUUAAUGUUCCAAGGGAUUGUAAUUUAGCAUUGCUAUUAUAUAGAGAACUAUCGGAGGAAAUUAGAGAUGAAAUUCCAAAUGAAGAUUGGGAAAUACAGCCUUCUUAUUUUGAAACUUUUGAUAUUAGAUUACCCGAUUUCAAUGGUGGUUUGUUAGGUGAGCACCUUUCUUCAAUGUCAAGUUCGAUCACAAGAUUGGAUGCUGCUAGACCAUCAUUGACUUCUUCGAUGCUUACUCAAAUGAAUGGCGGCCAAAUAGUUCUUCAGUUUGGCCUUGGUGGAGGUAUCUUUGUUGGAGAUUCAGAUGAUGAUAGUGAUGACAGGCUUGUUGAUAUCUAUUACACCGCUUGGGACAAAUAUCAAGGUACUUAUGAUAAGAGAAGAAAUGUAGUAGCAGCUAGAGUGCUUUUGGAAUUAGCUUAUAAAGAUUAUCAUUUAGAUGUCCCUAUUAUGAACAAUUUACAAAAAUAUUUCUUUGGUAAAUGUCUGUACCUAUUAGGGCAUAUAUAUUUUACAGGAGAUGGACUGGAGAAGAGAAACGUUGAAUUAGCUGAGCAUUACUUAAAGCAAUCGAUAUCUUUAAUCGAUAAUGUAAGCACCAUUAAAAGUAAAGCUAAUAUAGAUCUAGGUCUAAUUAACCAUUAUUUUAAACAUGAUCUUCCUGAAGCUAUAAAAUAUUACAAGAAUAUAUACGAUUCUAAUAACAACGAUGGUACUGUAGAUUAUCAGCUAUCGAAACUUGCUAAAGCUCAUCCUGAAUUCGAACUAGGUGAUCCUUUUGUUUUCAUGCAAUCAGCUUAUAGAAGAUCACAUAUUCCUGCCACAUUUGAAUAUGCAAGAAUGGUCGAAGAAGGAGCGAACAAUCAUUAUAGUUGUGAAAAUACGGCAUUCCUUUUCAAAAGAUUUGUAGAAUUGAAUGAAAACAUAAUGGCCCCACAAUUAGAGAAAGCGUUCAGGGAAUUGGCGAAAGGUAAUGUCGAGACAGCACUAUGGGCAUACUCACAAGCAGCAGAACAAGGUUACGAAGCCGCACAAGUGUCAGCAGCUUAUUUAUUAUAUCCUACUGCUAAAUUAUUAGAAGAUCCACCUGAAACAACCAAAGAAAGAAAGUUUUUAGCAAUUUCAUACUACAACAGGGCUUUUAAACAAAAUAAUGUUGAUGCUGCAACAGUAUCAGGGAAUAUAUAUUACGAUAUGUGUGAUUAUCAGAAGGCGUUGUCAAUGUAUCAAAGUGGAUCACUGAGGUUUUCUCCUCAAGCAAUGUGGAAUCUAGGUUAUAUGUAUGAAUAUGGGUUAGGUGUCGAACGUAAUUACACAGCAGCUAGAAAUUACUAUAAUCAGGUAAUCGAACACGAUCCUAAUCUUUAUUUGGCAGGUAAGGCAUCUGUUCUAAAGCUUUAUAUUAAAUCUUUAUUUUCAUGGGUUACUGGUAAAGAUAGUGAGACAUAUUGGGAACUAACAACUCCUACAAAUGGAAAUAAUGUUGAGGCACAUAGAUCGUGGUUUAGAAAGCUAAUGUUGAGUUUCAAGAAGGCAGGAUUAGAAAAUGUUGGUCAAAAUGAAAGCAAUUCACAAAACAAAAACAAAGAAAUGAGCAAACCUAUAAUUAAAAGGAUAUUGGAUUAUAUUGAUUCGAUGGGGAUAGAUGUGGAAGACCUAUUCUCAAUUCUAUUCAUGAUAGUCAUAUUUAUAACAAGCAUGAUUAUAAGAACUAUUGCAAUAAGACGCGGCUGGAAUGUCAGAGUAAAUGGUGUUCCAAUUCAACAGCAAAGACAGGAAGAGCCAAAUUUUAAUAUACAAUUUUUUGCAAUAUGA